AUGAAUUUAUUUAGAAAGAGAAGACAGUGUAAAAUAGCUGUAAUCUUGGAAGUCGCUUACAUUCAUAUUGAAAUAACUAUUCAAAUUAUAUCUUAUGCGCUUACUCUUUCUUACUCUUCAAAUAAAGAGCACGAAACGCUACGUAUAGCCGUUCGUGCCUGUUGUACAUGGUUAAAUGCACUGACUAAAACCAGUACUCAAGCAGUUCUUCCUAAACCAAUGAAGCGUGAUCCUGCGAGAUAUAUUUGCUUUCUCUUGGACUCACUACGAACAGUUUUUGUGCGCGUGAAUCAUGGCUCAGAAAUGUCUUCAGCUGCAAUACGGCAGGCCCAUGAAAUGGAGAAUAUUUUGCGAACAGUUGUGGACAGUUCACAGAAUUGUGAUGAAGGGUACAAAUAUAUCAUUUGGCCGGCAGUCUUGAAAUUCCUACUCAAUGCUUCUGAUUUACUACUUUCCGGACAAUCGUAUAUGGUUGAAGAAUCUGUAGAUGAUAUUGCAACGAUUAUGGCACCUAAAGUUACAAAGACACUGCUGGACGGAUUUUUGUGUGCUGCGCGUUUGGAGCAUAUGCCAUCUCCAGCAUACUGGAAAACGCUAUCCGUUUUAAGUAAACGAUGGCGACAUCAGGUGAGCUUCAUUGAGAACUGGGCGAGAAAAGUCCUUUCAUUAUCGGUAAUAAUUGUUCAAGAAAUAUACGGGGAAAGAUAUUUAGAUGAGGAAGUACAAUUAUUCGCGAAAGAAAAAAAAAGUACGUCUAGUAAUGAUGAUACUUUACCAAUAUUACACAUAUGUUGGUUUCAACUCAUGCAUAUGGUCGGUAAUCCGGCAUCAAUCAUUUCAUUUGAACCUCGCACAAGCGAAACACUUCCAUCAAAUCUGCUCAGCGCCAUUUUGGUUACUGAUGGUGCAAUGGAUGGUGAUGGAAACCCAUUGACUGUAAGUUUCAAUCAAGAACUUACAGAAUUUACUACCAGUUGUUUGAAACGAUGUUUCUUUAUGACUUCUGCAGCUGUCAUGAAAUUGGUCGAUGUAUUUUAUGGAGACAGUCAUGUAACUAUUGAUUUUCGGGAAUCCGAUGAGUUGCUGAGGCAGUGGUCUGAUUUAAAUCGGUCUGUUCAUGAGGACUGGGUAAAACAUCAUCAUCAGGUCAUGCAGCAGCAAAACACGUUUAAAUCUUAUUUUUAUAUAUUUCUCUUUUUUAAUUACCGGGCGCUAAAAAACUAUCACUUUCAGACACUUACACAUGGCUCAAGCCAUUCCGUUAAUGCGGCUGGCGACAGCGCUACAUUAACAGCCGCUUACUCAAAUACAGGAAUAAGUGGUGUAACUGGUAUUGGCUUGAAAAACGCUCUCAACGUUGUCACUGUUUCAAAGAGUCGAGCAAUGUCCGAACGUUCUUUGGCUGUUAAUAUGUCAAUGCCAUCACCUGCUGCAAGUUCUGCAGAAGAAGCGUCACCAGGGGUUCCUAAACCGAAUUCAGCUCAGUUUAUCUGGCAUUAUUUACAUAGUAACAGAGUUCAUAAGCCAUAUAUUGGUGAACGUCAACCAAAAGUGUCUCGAAUGUUAGAUACUUUUAUGGAUUGGCUUGUGCAGUCUUCAUUAGCACGAUCUAUUGGUUCUUCACCCUCUGGUAAGUUGAAAUUUCCUAAAUCUUUCAAAAUUGGUCUUACAUUUUUUAUCGUAAUAUGCAUACUCAUUUCCCUCAAUGUGGUUUCAUAUAUCUUUAUCAAAGCUAUUAGUUGA